AUGUGGUGUGUAAAGUUGCUGCUAGCCUACCAUGGAGAACAUUAUGAAGCUGCGGUGGAUAUAUCGGACAUUCAGAAGACAACCGAAUAUAACGAAAAUACAGACAAUGUUGAAAAAGGUCGAAACACGCAAUAUGAUGAUAAUGAUGAAAACGAGCAGAGACAACGGAGAACCAUAGUACAAAAUGACAAAACUUCUGAAACUUUGACGAAAGGUCUGAAUCCCAACGAUACUGAAGAGGACAUCAUAAAAGUACAAAUGAAAAAGGCCAUAGGUUAUCAUUAUUUAUGUGUCUAUCAUAUCAGCCUAACAAAUAAGACUGAAGGUACAAUGGGGUACACAGCUACAGCAUUGAUCACCCUUGCCACAGCUAUCAUAUACUUCAGAGUGUUCUUGGACAACAAUACGUUUUCUGACCAUAGGAGGAUAGUCUCUGACGUCAUAGAUGACGAAUAUGAAUUUGUCAUUGUCGGCGGCGGUACAGCAGGAUCAGUUGUAGCGGCAAGACUGUCAGAAGAUAAGGAUAACAACGUUCUUUUGCUUGAAGAAGGCGGAUUUUAUGACGAGAACUGGAAGCUUCAUUCCCUGACACUUUGGCCAGAACUUCAAAAAACACAAUAUGACUGGGAGUAUUAUACAGAGCCACAAAAAUAUUCGUGUUUUGGAAUGAAAGAAGCUAGAUAGUAUUGGCCCCGUUGUCGAGUUCUUGGGGGCUCAGGUAUGAUAAAUUUAGCACAAUAUACGCGUGGAAGCCGUUAUGACUAUGACGAAUGGGCAGCUAAUGGAUGUAAAGGUUGGAGUUACAAGGACGUUCUUCCUUACUUCCUUAAGGCAGAGGACAUCCAGAUCGAAGAAUUCAAGUCUUCCAAGUAUCAUAAUGUUGGCGGACCGAUGGCUGUUUCUGGAGGUGAGGUGACUCGCUUGCAGAAAUAUAUCUAAAAGCUAGAAGAGAACUUGGAUAUAACAUUACAGACUACAAUGGAGCGAGGAGCAAGAGGGUUUUAAUAAAGUACAGGUUAACGCCCGAAAAGGAGUCAGAGAGUCUUCAGCCGUUGCUUAUCUGGGACGUGCAGGUAAAAAGAUAAACCUUGAUAUUGCAGUCAACACCUUUGUAACUAAAAAAGGUUUUACGGAAACAACUGCGACUGGUGUAUAUUAUAUUUUGAACAACAGAAGACAUUUUGUUCGGGCAAGAAAAGAAAUUAUUAUGUCGGCAGGAGCGAUGAAUACACCAAAGAUAUUGUUGCUUUCUGGAAUAGGACCACGGCAUCACCUAGACGAAAUGAGUAUACCCGUAGUGGCCGAUCUUCCAGUUGGAAACAAUUUGCAAGAUCAUGAGGCUAUUUUGUUGUUCUCUAGAAUCAACAAACCAGUAAGUAUAACACCAAACGUGAAGAGUAGCCUUUGGACUACCAUACAGCACAAAAUAUUUGGAUCAGGACCACUUUCUAUCGCUGGAACUGACGGCUCAGCUUUUGUUUAUAUUGAUGACAAAAAACGUGGUAAAACUUAUCCAGAUUUUCAGAUGGCUUUCGUUAGUUUAUUGAUUUCAUUAGAUCAUCUUAACUUCAAAAAUGAAAUUAAAAAAGAAUACGAAGAUGGGAACGAAAACGUCGAUGGCUUUACGCUUGCUCUUAUAAAUACACAUCUAAAAAGCCGCGGUACACUAAGACUGCUAUCCAAAGACCCGUUUGAUUAUUCUGUUUUAAAUCCCCGUUAUUUUCAGGAACAACAGGAUGUUGACGACUUUGUUGCUGCUAUUAGAAUAUGGGAAAAAUAUAUUGAAACACCGACAAUGAAAGCACUUGGGACUGAAGUAUCUCAUAUGAAGAAAUCAUUUUGCUUACAACAUAAGUUGCGUUCUGAUGCAUACUGGGAAUGUAUGUUGCGCCAUCUAGCCAUAACUGGGUAUCAUCUAUCGUGUACUUGCAAAAUGGGCGCUCAUGAUGAUUCGACCGCAGUUUUAGAUCCAACAUUGCGUGUGAAGGGAAUAAAAGGUUUACGCGUUGUUGAUGCAUCGGCAUUUCCUAAAGUAACUGUUGGAAAUACGAAUACUCCGGCUGUAAUGCUGGCUGAAAAAGCGGCAGAUAUGAUUCGCGGAAUAGAUUCGGAAUUUACCUGAUGGUGUUUAAUUGAUUUUUGCUGUCUUUGAUUGCGUGAAACUGUGAACUUUCUGAUGAACAAACAAGACGUACAUUUAUUCCUUUUGUAUAUAUAAAGCUAAACAAACGAGAAAAAAGUCAAGCCGGAAGUAGGAAUAUCAUAUGUAUAUUAUCUGCCAGUAGAGAAUAGUCAAAUUUCAUGAUUUCUUGGCAGUCAAAGUGUUAUUUGAAAGUCUGAUAAAAGCAUAAGUGUUGACGCACCAAUAUCAUCUUAAUCAUCCGGCUAAAAUAUGUGUACGGUAUCAAACAAAGACUCACAAUAUAUACUUUUACAACGCACGCCAACAGUAUCACAACGUAUAUAUGCAUAACAUAUAUACUGAAGAAAACGACUAACCCGUCGUUUGCUAUUUUGCAAAUAUAUUAGAAAUAUUUAAAAAUUGUUUGUUCAAAAAUAACAAAAUUUCAAAAAUCCAAAAAUCUAGUAAAAUGUGGAAUUGUCAUCAUACGGUAUAGUUAAUAUAAAUACUAUAUUAAUAAUGCCAUUUUAUCAUUUGUAUUAUUUUCGCCAAACAUAAAACCACAUACCAUUUUGUGCAAUUCUUCUAAAACUAUAGCUGAUGUAGAGAAAAUCUCUAAUAACAAUACAAAAUAUUUAUUGAAAAAGCUUAACAAUUAAUACAUACAGGAUAUGUUACUCUUUAUUUAAUGUCAGUUAAAAAAACAUUAGCAUAAUACAAGUUAUACUCCGA